AUGCACGGGGGAAAAAGAGGUUUGGUGGCACCUCAGAACACUUUUUUGGAGAACAUUGUCCGGCGCUCAAGUGAAACAAGUUUCCUGUUGGGGAAUGCCCAGAUAGUGGAAUGGCCAGUAGUAUACAGUAAUGACGGGUUUUGUAAGCUGUCGGGGUACCACAGGGCAGAAGUCAUGCAAAGGAGCAGCACAUGCAGUUUCAUGUAUGGGGACCUGACAGACAAGAACACAAUAGAUGAAGUCAGGCAGACCUUUGAUAACUAUGAAUCACAUUGCUUUGAAGUGCUGCUCUAUAAGAAGAACAGGACACCCAUAUGGCUCUACAUGCAGGUGGCUCCCAUCAGGAACGAGAACGACAAGGUGGUUCUGUUCCUGUGUACCUUCAAAGACAUAACUGUCUUCAAGCAGCCUAUUGAGGACGAAUCCACCAAGGGAUGGAACAAGUUUGCCCGGCUGACCCGGGCACUGACCAGCAACAGCCGCAGCAACAUGCAGCAGCUGACGCCCAUGAACCAAGUCAACGAGGUCAGCCACAAGCACUCCAGACUGGCUGAGGCUCUCCAGCUGGGCUCGGACAUUCUCCCCCAGUACAAGCAGGAGGCGCCCAAGACGCCGCCCCACAUCAUCCUCCAUUACUGCACCUUUAAGACCACCUGGGACUGGGUCAUCCUCAUCCUCACCUUCUACACAGCCAUCAUGGUGCCCUACAAUGUCUCUUUCAAGACCAAGCAGAACAAUUUGGCCUGGCUCGUGCUGGACAGCGUGGUAGAUGUCAUCUUCCUUGUGGACAUUGUGCUCAACUUCCACACCACCUUCGUUGGGCCUGGUGGAGAAGUCAUUUCGGACCCGAAGCUGAUUCGAAUGAACUACCUGAAGACCUGGUUCGUCAUUGACCUGCUGUCCUGCCUGCCCUACGACAUCAUCAAUGCCUUUGAAAACGUAAAUGAGGAUUCCAUCUCAGACUCUUUGGCAGUGGGGCACCUGCGAGAGUCAUCCAGUUCGCAGAGGAACGCCACAAGGGCAGAAGACUCAGUUCUCCCAGGCCUCAGCAGCCUCUUCAGCUCACUGAAGGUGGUCCGACUUCUCCGCUUGGGCCGCGUGGCCCGGAAGCUUGACCAUUACCUGGAGUACGCGGCGGUCUUGGUUCUACUGGUGUGUGUCUUCGGCCUGGUGGCCCACUGGCUGGCCUGCAUCUGGUACAGCAUUGGGGACUACGAGGUCAUUGACGAAGCCACCAACACAAUCAAGACAGACAGCUGGCUCUACCAGUUGGCCACGAGCAUUGGCUCACCCUACCGCUACAACGCCAGCGGCUCUGGCCAGUGGGAGGGUGGCCCAAGCAAGGACACACUCUACAUCUCCUCUCUCUACUUCACCAUGACCAGUCUCACCACCAUCGGCUUUGGCAACAUCGCUCCCACAACAGACGGUGAGAAGAUCUUCUCUGUGGCGAUGAUGAUGGUGGGCUCCCUACUGUAUGCCACCAUUUUUGGGAACGUCACCACCAUCUUCCAGCAGAUGUACACCAACACUAACCGCUACCACGAGAUGCUCAACAAUGUGCGUGACUUUCUCAAACUUUACCAGGUGCCAAAGGGAUUGAGCGAGAGGGUCAUGGAUUACAUCGUCUCUACUUGGGCCAUGUCCAAGGGCAUUGACACAGAUAGGGUCCUGUCAAUCUGUCCCAAAGAUAUGCGAGCAGACAUCUGUGUCCACCUUAAUAGACAGGUGUUCAAUGAGCACCCAGCAUUUCGACUAGCCAGUGAUGGCUGCUUGCGCUCUCUAGCGGUUGAGUUCCAAACCACACACUGCGCCCCAGGGGACCUCAUAUUCCACGCUGGCGAAAGUGUGGACACCCUUUGCUUUGUAGUAUCCGGGUCAUUGGAAGUUAUUCAGGACGACGAGGUCAUCGCCAUUCUAGGUAAGGGAGAUGUGUUUGGGGAUGUCUUCUGGAAGGAAGCCAAUCUGGCACAUGCUUGUGCCAAUGUUCGGGCUCUCACCUACUGCGACUUGCACGUAAUUCGGCGAGAUGCUCUGCUGAAGGUGUUGGAGUUCUACACGGCUUUUGCCAACACAUUCUCCCGCAACCUAAUUCUCACCUGCAAUUUACGCAAACGGAUAAUCUUCCGAAAGAUCGCCGAUGUGAAGAAGGAGGAGGAAGAGCGCCGGCAGCAGAAGAAUGAAGUAAUGCUCUCCAUUCCUAUUGACCACCCGGUUCGCAAGCUCUUCCAGAAGUUCAAGCAGCAGAAAGAGAUUCGCAUGCCAAUCCAUGCUCAGCCUGACCUGGAGCGCAACCGGCUUCAGGUUGAGCACCACCACCCCCUUACCAAUCUCCCACACCAACAGUGUCAGACUCACCCCUUGCAGCACCAAAAUGGCUCCCCGAUGCAGAAUGGGGCACCUGGCACAGGUGGAGGGACUACAAGCGGUGGCUCCAGUGUAGUUACUGUCUCCCAGAUCACCCCGUUGCAGAGUUCACUGGCCUAUGUCCACACUGGGGAGCCCAUUCACACUGGUUGUCACGAGGUCAAGGAGCUGAAGCCCAGUGUGGUGGACCAGAACUGCCUGAGGGUCACCAGUCUGGUACGGCCCAGGGGUGGAGGUGGUGGUCAAGGCUGGAUGAGGUUUAAGAAUGCUACAGUGGCGGUGCCACUGGCCCCCGAUGAACCUGAAGGGCCACAGCAGAAAGAAGAGGAGGAAUGGGGUGAUGUGUCCCAAUCCUCAGAACAGUUGACUGAUGACAGCAAGAGCCAGGAGGCAGAAGGUGGGGAGAGCAGCAGUGGGGGUGGCGUCAGCAGCACAGGAGAGGGGGGCGACGAGAAGAGCGCACUCCACAAGACAGACUCCUGCGACAGUGGCAUUACCAAGAGUGAUCUUCGGAUCGACAGGGCAGGGGACGCACCAAGCCCCUAUGAGCGGAGUCCAAUGGGGAGAAGUCCUUUUGAACACAGCCUCGGGGUUGGGAGUGUGGGUGUGCUUGGCCACUCCUUCCAACCCAUGUCUGAACAGGUGCUGCUUCAGUCCACUCUCCAGGAGGCCAAGCUGGAGCUGAAGGGAGAUAUCCAGAUGCUGAGUGGUCGUUUAUCAACACUUGAAGCCCAAGUUAGUGAGAUCCUCAGAUUGCUGUCUGAGAAAAGGAGGCUCUCACUGCCGCAGACCUCUACUCCCAAGGCUAAGAUCAAAUGCCAGGACAUCUUCACCGUGUCAAGACCUGUCACACCGGACAUUGAGAGAGACAAUGGACCUUUUUGAAUGACAAAAAAACAUUGAUGUAUUUAUUUGCGCCAACUUCCGUGCCCAAUCUUUUUCUUUAAUGGACAAUUUGAGGAAACUGGACACAGAUUUUAGGUGGGAAAUUGUUUUAGUGUAAAUAACCAUUUGCAUGUCCAGCUGGAUUCUGGCCUGCCAAAGAUAUUUUAAAGAAACCUUUGGAUUGCAAUUGCUUGUACAUUUAUGCAGUUGACUGCAUGCAUAAAUAAUUUUAAGAUACAUAUUUUUGACUGUACAGUAUCUUCAGUACAGUAGCACAGGGAUUUAACAGUUUUUGACUUUGUUGAUGUACUUUCACAUUGAGUCUGCUCUUCCCAGGUCCAGUCUAUAGACCUUCUAUACCGAGCACAAACAGCUAAGCAGUAAAGACAUUUGUAAGAGCUUGGGUCACAUAAACAAACAUGUUACCGAAGAAAACUUCCCUCAUUUAGCAACUUCCCUCAUUUAGGUUAAUCAUGGUUAAUCUUUAGUUAGCAUUUGAAUUGGAAAUGAAAGAUUUCCAUUUUUCCAAUCUGUCAAUAUAAUAAUGAACAAUCUGACAAUAAGAAUCAGACAGAAGGCCCCCUAGUAGUUCAGAAGGUUGUAAAUCACUGAUUCAUAUCGUGAUCAAUUAGUAAGUCAGAAUGUUGUAAAUCACUGAUUAAUAUCGUGAUCCACUAGUAGGUCAGAAGAUUGAAAAUCACUGAUUCAUAUUGUGAUUGCAAAGUGCAAUGCUUAGAGUAGUCAAUAAUCAUCUUGUAGACUUCCUGGUUACACAACUUUAUAAGAUCUAAAGCUGUUUUAUUAUGGGGCGGCAGGGUAGCCUAGUGGUUAGAGUGUUGGACUAGUAACCAGAAGGUGGCAAGUUCAAACCCCCGAGCUGACAAAUCUGUCGUUCUGCCCCUGACCAGGCAGUUAACCCACUGUCAUU